ACGUCAUCACAGUGCGCCGAAAAGUAACCCAGGCCGGUGUCGCUCUGACGCCAAUGUCCUAGUGACCGCGGCCUGGUUACUGCCGUGUGCCGUCGCUGUCGACAUGCCGCUGGGUUACACGCCCGAUGAGAAGGCCCGGUUCCAGCAGUUGGUGAAGUUGCGUCGCCAGUGGUUGAAGGACCAGGAGCUGAGCCCACGUGAACCCGUCCUCCCGCCCGAAAGCAAAGGGCCCGUGGCCCGGUUCUGGGAUGGAUUUCUGCAGCCGCGGAGUCUCUGGCGAGUUUAUACCUACAAGACAUGCUUUGCUGGCUGGUGGACGUUGACUCGGUUGUUGAUUCCUGCCUGGAUUAUUCACUACUAUGUGAAGUACCAUGUUGCAACAAAACCAUAUGGCAUUGUGAGUGUGAAACCGAGAAUUUUCCCGGGUGACAGAAUUUUGGAAACAGGAGAAGUUAUUCCACCAAUGCAAGAGGAUGAGUACAAUGGACACCAUUAAUUACAGGAUGAAAGCACAAUGUAAAUGUAUAGCAUCAAUGGCUGUACAAAUUGAAUUCAAUGGAAUAGAACAGAUUUUCUUCUCAUUUUGAAAGAGUUAUUUAUCAUUAAACACUGACUUACCAAGA